AUGAAGGAGCUCAAGAUUGAGGCUGACAAUUCCAAAUCAGCAGCAUCUCACCAUGCCCAAGGCUCUGCUGCGUUUGGGGAUCGAGGUAAAACCAGCCCCGAGUCUUGUAUAGGGAAUCUUUCCGUGGGUUUCAGGGAGCCCGAGCGCAACAACAGCCCCCAGGGGCUGGGCUUGCGGCUCCCACCCCCGCAGCUUCGGCUCGGGGUCCUCCGGGCCGGCGCCGCUCCCCGCACCAAGACUUGGCCGCGCGGGAGUGCGGAGAAGCGCGGAGUCGGGAGUGCGGAGAAGCGCGGAGUCCGGAGCGCUCACCUGAGGCUUCGUCCUGCGUGCGCGCUGCCUGCGCCAGCACGCGUCCCGGGAGCCUGGCGCCGGCCUCGGGGUGGGCGCUCGGCGGGGCGGCGCUGGCCGUGGGCACCCGGCUGGGCGCGGCCUCCAGUGGCAGCCCGUACCGCCCGUUUCCACCUGCGCGUCCGGGCGCGGAGGGCGGGCCGCCACUGUAUUUACAGAAGGAGGCGGUGCCAGAGAGGGCGCGGCGGCGGGGGCACGGCGGGGCAGGGCGGACUGGCGGGAGCUGGCCGCCACCGGGUGCUGCCCUGCGGGGCCGGAGGCGCGUCCCGCGCGGCGGUGGGUGACGAGGGGCGGCCUCGGAGCCCAAGGCUGGCAGAUGUGGCCGCUUCGCCCGUGACCGUGCGCGCGAGGAAUCCGGGAAAAAUGGGCACCCCCGCCACCUCCCUGGCCCUCAGCCGUGCGAGGAGUUUCAGGAUGGGUUUGCCAAUCCCGGUGCUAUUUGUAACCUGCCCUGUGACACGUGACACGGACUCAACUAUGCCAGUUUCCACCUCAGAGGUCAGGGCGCUGUGGAAGGCCUUUCGUGUACAAGAGGGUUUCCGUCUCCACUGGGCCCUCAUGCUUUCCUUCUCCUGUGUGUGCAACUCGAUCUCUGGCCGCGUCGUGUGAGGACCUGCAAGGGGCCUGUUGAUACAGCUGCCCUCCGGUGCCACAUGACUGCAGGCUGGCCACACAUGACGGCCGUGAAUGUACAGACACCAAGGACCAUCAGAUUAGCCUCUGCUCGGGAUAUCGGCUGCUUGGACUGUUUGCCUUGUGGAGCCUGUUUGACUAAAUUAAAAUCCUUGGAAACCGAUCGUCAGUCAAGCAUGAAAGACAAAGCCACCAGCCUGCAAGGUGCCCAUCUUGGGGGCAGACCUAUUUUGAGGAGAGAGGCUGGGUGACCUCCUUCCUCUCUAAAACAAACUGGCCUUUUCCAGCCUGUGUGGUCAUGAAAAAAGAGAAGACCAGACAGAAUCCUUAGAAAAACAGCAUCAGAACAAGUUUUUUAAAAAUGGAUGAAUCUUGGGACGCCUGGGUGGCUCAGUCAGUUAAGCAUCUGCCUCCGGCUCAGGUCUCCUGGAAUCCAGCCCCGCGUUGUGUCAGGCUCCUUGCUCAGCGGGGAGCCUGCUUCUCCCUCUCCCUCUGCUCCCCCUGCUCUGUGCGUGCUCUCGCUCGCUCUCUGACAAAUAAAUAAACAAAAUUAAAAAAAAAGGAUGAAUCUUGAAUUCAGGAAGUGAAUACAGACGGUGAAGCUGUGGCAUACGUUCAUUUAUUCAUUCAGCAAGUAUUUACUGAGUGCUGACUGCAGGCCAAUAAACAGACACAAUACUUCCCCAUCGUGGAAGCUAUAUUCUAAGGAAAAGGAGGACAAUGAAAGAAACAGGGAAAUGAUACAGGGUGUUAGAAGGUGGUAGGUAGGUGCUGCGGAGAGUAAGAAAUCACAGAAGGCGGCUGGGGAAAUCCUGCUUCCAAGAGGGUGGUUAAGGAAGUCGUCUCUGAGCAGGU